UCCUGUCACAGCGGAACGGUUGUGCGUCAGGACGCGGCGGCGGCGGCGGGUCAGCUGACAGACAGCCUCCACCAGAGGACCGGACCGGACCGGGGGAAGGAGCCGAGCUAGCGGCGGUGUUCACUACUGGAUCCUGGCAUAAGACACAUUCACAGCCAAACGGGGAGGGAAAGACGGGUGGCGUUCGACAGAGAACUAGGGAGGGCUUUGGUUGCACCAUGGGAAGUUGGGAUUGAGAAGCAGCCACAAUGAUUGGAGGACUGUUCAUCUACAACCACAAGGGGGAGGUCCUCAUCUCCCGCGUCUACCGCGAUGACAUAGGACGCAACGCCGUGGACGCGUUCCGCGUGAACGUGAUCCACGCCCGGCAGCAGGUCCGAUCUCCGGUGACCAACAUUGCCCGCACCAGCUUUUUCCACGUCAAGCGCUCCAACAUCUGGCUGGCGGCCGUCACCAAGCAGAAUGUCAACGCCGCCAUGGUGUUCGAGUUCCUGUACAAGAUGUGCGACGUCAUGACGGCCUACUUCGGCAAGAUCAGCGAGGAGAACAUCAAGAACAACUUCGUGCUCAUCUACGAGCUGCUGGAUGAGAUCCUGGACUUUGGCUACCCCCAGAACUCUGAGACCGGAGCACUGAAGACCUUCAUCACCCAGCAGGGCAUUAAGGGACAGCACCAGACAAAGGAGGAGCAGUCUCAGAUCACCAGCCAGGUGACGGGGCAGAUCGGCUGGCGUCGCGAGGGCAUCAAAUAUCGGCGCAACGAGCUCUUCCUGGAUGUCCUGGAAAGCGUCAAUCUGCUCAUGUCUCCGCAAGGCCAGGUCCUGAGUGCCCACGUGUCGGGCCGAGUGGUGAUGAAGAGCUACCUGAGCGGGAUGCCAGAGUGCAAGUUCGGCAUGAACGACAAGAUUGUCAUCGACAAGCAGGGCAAGGGAGGAGCGUCGGACGAUGCAGGGAAGAGUGAUUUAGGGGGAGGAAGUGGGAAGCAGUCCAUAGCCAUCGACGACUGCACUUUCCACCAGUGUGUGCGCCUCAGCAAGUUCGACUCGGAGCGUAGCAUCAGCUUCAUCCCCCCCGACGGAGAGUAUGAGCUCAUGAGAUACCGCACCACUAAGGACAUCAUCCUGCCGUUCCGAGUUAUUCCUCUGGUCAGGGAGGUGGGUCGCACUAAACUGGAGGUGAAGGUGGUCAUCAAGUCCAACUUCAAACCCUCUCUGCUGGCUCAGAAGAUCGAGGUGCGUAUCCCAACACCCCUCAACACCAGCGGCGUGCAGGUGAUUUGUAUGAAGGGCAAAGCCAAGUACAAGGCCAGUGAGAACGCCAUCGUCUGGAAGAUCAAGCGCAUGGCUGGGAUGAAGGAGUCUCAGAUCAGCGCUGAGAUUGAGCUGCUGCCCACCAAUGAUAAGAAGAAAUGGGCCCGGCCUCCCAUCUCUAUGAACUUUGAGGUUCCUUUCGCCCCGUCGGGCCUCAAGGUGCGCUACUUGAAGGUGUUUGAGUCCAAGCUCAACUACAGUGACCACGACGUCAUCAAAUGGGUGCGGUACAUCGGCCGCUCCGGCAUCUACGAAACCCGCUGCUAAAGCCGAAAGCCCCUCGCCAGGCAGCAAACCUGACCACUUCCCUCCCGCCGACCCACUUAAAGAUUUUUUUGUCUUCUUUCCCUCCCUACUUUGUCCCUCUUCUUCCCUCGAUCCCCACAUCUUCCCUCCCAUACCCGCGGCCCCCCCCCCUCCCCAUCUUUAUUAGGUGUUGGAGAUCAAAUUUACAUUGUUUAAAAAAUAAUAAUUAAAAAAGUAAAUAUGGUAUAAUGCACAGAUAUAUGCAACAUGUGAACCAUUGUAUCGUAUAUAUCUCGUAGUGAUGAGUAAAAAAAAAAUGUAAACCAAGUGUCCGAUAGAAAAAGACAAGCGAUGCGGGGAGGGUCCAGGGGGAGAGGACCGGAGGCUUUUAGGGGGUAGGGGGCGCUCUGUUGUGUUUAUUCAGUGUUAUCGUUCCACUACUGCUCUUACUUUAGAAAUCCCACACGUCCCCUAGACUUUUCCCUGGUAAGAUGAUCUGUAGCUGUUGUGGUUUAAAAUGAAUCCUGAUAUAGUCGAUAUGAACUUCCGUCUCGGUAGAGUCUGCCCCUGAAACGAAUCGGUCGAUAUAUGAUGUGUGUUUUUUUUUGGAAAAUGGUCACUCAGAUCGUUCACACUCAACAGGACAAGAUAUUAAUCUCAACUCAUCAAUCAGUUGCGGGUCAUUUGGAAAAGAGGCUGUUUUUUGUACUUUUGAGUGUGUUUGUUCCUCCCCCCGCCCCCAGUGCUUUCUCUGCCACUCAGCCAAUAAAACGUAAGGGAACAUUCCAGGCAGUUUUGAGGUUUGACCAUCAUCCUGAUAAGCUAGUUGUGACCCAAAUUCCCCAAAUGUUUCUCAAGCACUAAGAUGAAUUUCCCAUCACACUGUUCUGAUUCGGAUGUCAGAGCCUGGGAGUGCGUGCGGCGAGGCGAGGUCUCCCCCUGGUGUUUGCUUCGCCACUGUCUGCUUCUUCAUGUUUGUAGCCCUGGUGACCGUUCUGUCCAAUAAAAUCUGACUAUGUAACCAAA